AUGGAUAAACUUAAUGGGACCAUAUUUGGCAUCGACAACAAUAUUUCCUCACUCCUGUGUGAUCCCAACUUUGAAAAUGAUACAUUAUACAGCAUGAAUCAUUCCUGGCCUUAUAAAGAUUUGGGGCAGACAGUUCGGAUUGUUCUGUAUUCCCUGAUAUUUUUGCUCAGUGUCCUGGGCAACACCCUCGUAAUGAUUGUGUUGACCAGAAACAAGAGGAUGAGGACUGUCACAAACAUAUUCCUGCUGUCAUUGGCCAUCAGUGAUCUCAUGCUUUGCUUCUUCUGCAUGCCCUUCACCCUGAUUCCUAACCUCCUGAAGGAUUUCAUUUUUGGCAGCGCUUUUUGUAAAAUUAGCAGCUACUUCAUGGGUGUCUCUGUCAGCGUAUCAACAUUCAGCCUGUUUGCAAUAUCUUUGGAAAGAUACAGUGCUAUUUGCAAACCGCUGCAAUCUCGGGUCUGGCAGACAAAAUCGCAUGCAUUGAAGGUGAUUGCCGCAACCUGGUGUAUCUCCUUUGCCAUCAUGACACCAUACCCAGUUUACAGCAAGCUGAUACCAUAUACAACAUUUCACAACCGCACAGCCAACAAGUGUCGCUUACUUUGGCCGAAUAAUGCGAUACAGCAGUCUUGGUACAUCUUCCAGCUGCUCAUUCUUUUCCUUAUCCCAGGGAUUGUAAUGAUGAUUGCGUAUGGCUUAAUCUCCCUGGAGCUGUACAGAGGAAUCAAAUUUGAUGUCAGCCAGAGAAAAUCUUCACGAGAGAGGAAGACGAGUACCGCCAGCAGCAAAUACGAAGACAGCGAUGGAUGCUAUCUGCAGAAAAGCAAGAAGAAAAAGGUGCCCCUUCAACAGCUUUCAGCAAAUAGUAGCAUCACCAAAACAGAACGCCCUAGAAGCAGCUGCUCCGCUGCUAACUUGAGGGCCAAGAAACUGGUCAUCCGAAUGCUGAUUGUGAUUGUGAUUUUGUUCUUCAUAUGCUGGACUCCCAUUUUCAGUGUCAAUACCUGGCGUGCCUUUGACACUGUAUCAGCAAACCUGCUUCUUUCAGGAGCCCCAAUCUCUUUCAUCCAUUUGCUGUCCUAUACAUCAGCCUGUGUGAACCCCAUCAUCUACUGUUUCAUGAACAAGCGUUUCCGCAUGGGUUUUCUAGCAACCUUCACUUGCUGUGCCAAGCAGAAACUUCCUGUGGCUAGAGCAGAGAUGGCAGAGGAUGAGGAAGGGAAGACCACUGGUGCAUCACUUUCCAGGUACUCAUACACAAACAUGUAUGCAUCUGCUCCACCAUGA